UGAUGAUUCUGAUGAUGAUGAUGAAAAUGACAAAAAACUAGAAUCACAGUCUGAUUCACGUAUUAUGAUUCGCAUGGGUCCUCUAUUUAUUAGUCAACCACGACUCAAAAAAAUAUGUAAAGAUGGGAAGAAUGAGUUUCUUUCUACAUGCUUUACAAAAUAUACAUUUCGGAGCGAUGAAAAUGAUUCAGUUGAUGAAAUACAUGAAAAAGCAAAUGAUUUAAAGUACCUACUGAAUCUCUGUGGAUUUAAUUUAACAAGGCUAGAUGUAUCAUGUUAUCCUACUUCUCAAAUAAUGCCAAUAAUCACUGCUAAUUGUCUAAAUCUUGAGAAGCUUUUUUUAGGAUUCAAAGAAAUAAUGAGUCAAGAUUUUGAAAAUUGUUUUUCUAAUAUGUCUCAACUUAAAAAUCUAACGAUUGAAUGGCACUGUGAAAACUCAACUCUACCAAUGACUUUAGCCAAGUCAAUAGAACAAAUUAGUGGAACCUUGAAAACGUUAGGACUUUUAUGUAUGUUGAAAGGAAAUGAUAUUUUCUCACCCGAUUCAUUGGCUUCAGUAUUUCCUCGACUAAUUGCUUUGGAUUGUUUACACAUAAGGGGUUUUGGACUAAGUCAACUAUUACUCCAGUCGAUAGGUGAAAUGAAAAAUGUGGUCCAUCUAAAAUUACAUCAGCGAAAUAAUUAUCCAGUGUGGGAUACAAGAGUCAAUAUGUAUCCAAUUGGGAAUUUAAAAAAUCUCGAGUCGUUACAUAUUGAUUGUAAUGAUGGUGUUAGAGAUGAAUUUUUGAUUAAUCUUUGUAACAAUGCUAAAAGAUUAAAGUUUUUAUAUAUAACUGGCACACAUAUAACUGAUAUUGGUAUGAGUGCAAUUAAUAAUUUAGAACAAUUAGAAGUUUUCAAUCUUCUUUUGACUUUUUUGGGUCCGGGAUUAAUAACAAACAAAUUUAUCACUAAUGAAUCAGUUCAAUGUUUAUUUAAUCCAAAAUUGAGAUUCUUGGACAUAUCAAAUUGCAUUAAUAUCACGGAUAAAGGGGUAUUUGAACUUCUUAAAAAUUUACCAAAAUUAAGAUGUUUAAGCAUUGAAAAUACAAAGCUCACUAGUGGAGCUAUCAAAAAAAUAUGGAACUUACCAAAACUUCGUAACGGAGAGCUAAAUGUAUUUUACCCCACUAAAACUGCUAAUGUUUCAAUUUAAAGCUGGAAAUUAAUCAAUUUUUUAAUAUAUAUAACGAAAAUUAGCAUAGAAUAUGUAUUAGUAACCCAACUGGCAGGGCCAAAUGAUAGGGUUCAU